GAUCGAUCUGACUAACAUAAAAGGGUGCUGCGCUUAAGAGUUGGCUACAAACACCCGAUGGAUCUACUAGCGAAACUAUUGAUACUGCUGCUUAGCGGCAUAUUGACAAAUUGUAAGCAGCAGGAUGUGACUACAACAACAACAACUGCCCCGGUGAUCUCAAUAGGACCUCGAAUUGUGGGCGGAAGACGGGCGCAGGCGGGUCAGUUCCCGCAUCAAGUGUCGCUGCGUUACUAUGGCAGCCACAUUUGCGGUGCAUCGAUUAUAUCGCCUAGCUAUGUGCUGACUGCGGCGCACUGCGUUAAGUUCGGUCAUAAUGUCGUAUCCCCAUUGAGGCUGGCGGUGCAGGUGGGUAGCCUGGUGCUCAAUAGCUUCGAAACGUAUGUAGAUGUCACUGAUGUUCAGGUGCAUCCGCAAUACCGUAACGGAGGUCAUGGCUUCGACAUUGCCGUGCUGCGUCUGAAGCAGAAGCUCCGAUUCAAUGCAAAUGUCGGUGCCAUUGAGCUGGCCGAGAAGGAUCCGCCCGUGAAUUCAACAGUGACUAUCUCUGGAUGGGGCGCCAUAUCCCACGGUGGUCCAAUCUCUAGGGAGCUGCUCUAUGUGCAGGUGCGCAGCAUCUCCCGUGCCCAGUGCACCAGCCGCUACAUGACCCGACUGCCCGAGACUACCAUCUGCUUGAUGCAUGGCGCCAAUCUGGGUGCCUGCCAUGGCGACUCUGGCGGACCGGCUGUCUACCAGAAUCGCCUUAUUGGUGUAGCCAGCUUUGUCUUGGGUGGCUGUGGACGCGAAGCCCCCGACGGCUAUGAGAGCGUUGCCACUCUGAGCAGGUGGAUACGGAGCAAUGCCAACUUGGUGCCACCCAACUGAAAGAUGCUUGAAAAACAGUCCAAGUAGUUCUAAAGGAAAUAUCGAAUUAAAUAUAAUGACACUGAAGUAUUGGUUCCAGUAUAGUGUCAGGUGGAGUUAAUUCUAUUUCUGUUCACGUAUUUUAGCAAGUCAUAAGACAUCCCAUAAUAAAAAUUGUUUUUCUUAAAGGGA